CAGUCUGCACUGAGCUCGGCUCAGGAAAGAAGGGAAAUCCAGGCAGGGCCUGUUGGGCCCAGGUCUUGAGCUCUGUUCACUCCAGAGUUCCCAGCACAGUCAUGGAUCAAAACUCAGUGCCUGAAAAGGCUCAGAAUGAGGCAGACACCAAUAACGCAGAUAGGUUCUCUUGCUCUCACUCAUCACCCCCACACCACAGGCCAGGCCACAGCAGAGCUCUCCACCAUCACGAGUUGCACCAUCACGGCAUGCCCCACCAACGUGGUGAAUCUCGCCACCCUCCGGAGUUCCAAGACUUCCACGACCAAGCCUUGUCCUCCCCUGUCCACCAAUCUCACCACCACAGCGAGGCACGGAAUCAUGGCAGAGCCCAUGGCCCCACAGGCUUUGGCCUGGCUCCCUCGCAAGGCGCCGUCCCCUCCCACCAUUCCUACGGUGAGGACUACCAUGAUGAGCUCCAACAUGAUGGCAGGAGGCAUCAUGAUGGGUCCCAAUACAGUGGGUUCCAUCAGCAGAGUGACUCCCAUUACCAUAGGGGGUCUCACCAUGGCAGACCCCAAUAUCUCGGUGAGAAUUUAUCCCACUAUUCCUCUGGCGUGCCCCACCACAGCGAAGCUUCCAACCAUGGUGGGUCCUACCUGCCCCAUGGACCCAAUCCCUACCGUGAGUCCUUCCACCACAGCGAGGCUUCCCACCUUAGCGGGCUCCAACAUGAUGAGUCCCAGCAUCGCCAAGUCCCCCACCAUGGCAGGUCCCGUCAUCAUGAAGCCCACCAGCAUGGAAGGUCUCCUCAUCACGGAGAGACACUUUCCCCUCAUUCCUCCGUGGGGUCCUACCAGCAUGGGAUAUCUGACUAUCACAGCGAGUACCACCAAGGUGAUCACCACCCCAGUGAGUACCACCAUGGCGAGCAUCCCCACCACACACAGCACCACUACCACCGGGCCCACCAGCACCGAGACUACCAUCAGCACCGAGACCACCAUCAGCACCGAGACCACCACGGCGUGCAUCAUUCCAGUUACCUCCAUGGCGACUACCAGUACAGGGACUACGUCCAGAGCACUUCCCAGCUCUCUGUCCCACACACGUCCCGGAGCCUGAUUCACGAUGCCCCCGGCCCUGCUGCUUCUCGUACAGGAGCCUUCCCCUCUCAUGUGGCACACCCACGGGGCUCGGCUCACAGUAUGACUCAGUUCGCCAGCACAAUCCACUCACGUGUCACCCAGAUGUCCAAAAAAGUCCAUGCCCAGGAUAUCUCCACCAAAGAUUCAGAAGACUGGGGCAAAGAGGGGCAAUUUCGGAAACGCAAAACUGGCCGGCUCCAGCGGACCCACAAGAAGGGACACUCUACCAAUCUCUUCCAGUGGCUGUGGGAAAAGCUAACCUUCCUCAUUCAGGGCUUCCGGGAAAUGAUCCGGAACCUGACCCAAUCCCUGGCCUUUGAAACUUUCAUCUUCUUCGUCGUCUGCCUCAACACCAUCAUGCUGGUGACCCAGACCUUCGCUGAAGUCGAGAUCCGGGGCGAGUGGUACUUCAUGGCCUUGGACUCCAUAUUCUUCUGCAUCUACGUGGUGGAAGCCGUGCUCAAGAUCAUUGCCCUGGGCCUCUCGUACUUCUAUGACUUCUGGAACAAUUUGGACUUCUUCAUUAUGGCCAUGGCCAUGCUGGACUUCUUGCUGAUGCAGACCCACUCCUUCGCCAUCUACCACCAAAGCCUCUUCCGGAUCCUCAAGGUCUUCAAGAGCCUGCGGGCCCUGAGGGCAUUCCGGGUCCUGCGGAGGCUCAGCUUCCUGACCAGCGUCCAGGAAGUGACAGGGACCCUGGGCCAGUCGUUGCCGUCCAUCGCAGCCAUCCUCAUCCUCAUGUUUACCUGCCUCUUCCUCUUCUCCGCGGUCCUCCGGGCACUAUUCCACAAAUCUGACCCCAAGCGCUUCCAGAACAUCUUCACCACCAUCUUCACCCUCUUCACCUUGCUCACGCUGGAUGACUGGUCCCUCAUCUACAUGGACAGCCGUGCCCAGGGCGCCUGGUACAUCAUUCCCAUCCUCAUAAUUUACAUCAUCAUCCAGUACUUCAUCUUCCUCAACCUGGUGAUUACCGUCCUGGUGGAUAGCUUCCAGACGGCGCUGUUCAAAGGCCUCGAGAAAGCGAAGCAGGAGAGGGCCGCCCAGAUCCAAGAGAAGCUGCUGGAAGACUCACUGACGGAGCUCAGAGCUGCAGGCCUUGACCUCACCCUUCUUUCUCUACAUCCAGAGCCCAAAGAGGUGGCGAGUGAAGGCACCAUGCUGAAGCAGCUCAUCGAGAAAAAGUUUGGGACCAUGACUGAGAAGCAGCAGGAGCUUCUGUUCCAUUACCUGCAGCUGGUGGCAAGCGUGGAGCAGGAGCAGCAGAAGUUCCGCUCUCAGGCAGCCGUCAUCGAUGAGAUUGUGGACACCACAUUUGAGGCUGGAGAAGAGGACUUCAGGAAUUGACCCCAGGAGAACAACAGAUACGGACUUCAGCCCCUGGCAGUCUGCCCACCUGGGUGCACUGGGACGGGUCCCCAGAUCUGCUGGAAUGAUUUCCGGGCCCUGCAGAGCAGGGGCCCCAACAGAGUUUUUAAACCCCA